AUGAUCAAAAGGAAGAAAGUAGACCGUCGCAUCUUCCCUAUGCUCUGCAUCGUCUUUGGUCUCUCCCUCAUUGACAGGACAAAUAUUUCGGCCGCAUACGUCGCUGGUCUUGGAAGGGAUCUACACUUGGAUGUCGGCUCGCGAUACAAUCUAGCUUUGCUCAUUUUCUGCGUCUCUUAUGCGUUAUUCGACCUGCCAUCAAACAUCAUUAUUCGCCGCGUAGGUGCAAGGCGCUGGCUCAGCUUCCUCAUCUGCGCGUGGGGAUGUAUCGUCCUAGGAAUAGGCUUCGUUGACGACUGGCGGUUUCUCAUCGUACUAAGAACACUUCUUGGAGUAUUCGAGGCUGGGAUAUUGCCUGGUGCUGUGUACAUCAUCUCGUCAUGGUAUCGCCAAUUCGAAUCCGCGAAGCGUAUGUCGAUAUGCAUCGGCGCGGCUCAGCUUUUCCUGGCGUUUGGUCCUGUGAUCGCGUACGUCCUGAGCCUGAUACGUGUAGGUGACAGAAAAUUCAGCCACGGGUGGCGCUGGAUCUUCCUCGUUGAGGGAAUGAUCACCAUAGUCGCUGGGCUUUUAUCGCCAAUAUUCCUGGUCGAUUUUCCGGAGAAAGCAGGCUUCCUGACCGACCGCCAGAAGUACAUCGCCACAUCGCGCGUCAGUCUAGAGCAAGAAGGCGCUCAUGCGGAGCACGUCUCGUUCAAAGAUUCCCUGAAAAUUCUGUGGGACUGGAAAAUUGGUGUCUACUGCGUCCAGCAUUUUGUCGUGGCUUCCAGCAUAUACUCACUCAAUUUCUUCCUCCCCAUCAUCCUUCGGGAUAACUUAGGUUUCUCGUAUGCACUCAGCCAGCUUCUGUGCACGCCACCAUACGUAUUUGGAAACAUCCUACCCUUUGUCGUCGCUUAUUGGUCUGACAAGCACAAACUCAGAUGGCCAAUGCUUGUGUCACAGUCUGUCUCUGUUAUUAUCGGUCUACUCAUCGCGAUGUACACAAAGCCACCUGGUGUUCGCUACUUCGGUAUCUUUCUUGCGGCGUUCGGUACACAAGCCAAUGUCCCGGCCACACUGGUUUAUGGACAGAAUCAGACCGCCAAGGUUCAGAAGCGAGCUGUCGUAGCCGCGGCAAUGGUCAGCGCUGGUGGCCUUGGAGGUAUUUGCGGAAGCCUCAUUUUCAGGAGACAGGACGCGCCGUGGUAUUUUCCAGGCAUGUGGGCCACAAUUGCAUUGCAAAUGCUUUACUCAAUCGUCACGAUCUGCAUGUCGAUGCAUUUCACACGUAUGAACAGGCUGGCAGACGAAGGCAAGAAGACAUCGCUGGAAGGUGUGCAAGGGUUUCGAUAUGCGCCUUAG